ACUGUGGACAUCCAUAAAGAAAAGGUCGCUCGCAGAGAGAUAGGCAUUUUGACGACCAAUAAGAACACAUCGAGAACUCACAAAAUUAUAGCGCCAGCGAACAUGGAACGUCCUGUAAGGUAUAUUCGAAAACCUAUAGACUACACGGUGCUGGAUGAUGUUGGCCAUGGCGUAAAGUGGCUAAAAGCCAAGCAUGGAAAUAACCAGCCUGCAAGAACUGGCACCUUGUCAAGAACAAAUCCGCCUACACAAAAACCACCAAGUCCUCCCAUGUCAGGCCGGGGAACUCUGGGACGAAAUACUCCUUACAAAACCCUGGAGCCAGUCAAACCGCCAACAGUCCCCAAUGAUUACAUGACCAGUCCUGCCAGACUGGGCAGUCAGCACAGUCCAGGAAGGACGGCUUCCUUGAACCAGAGACCAAGAACUCACAGCGGUAGUAGUGGAGGAAGUGGCAGUCGAGAGAAUAGUGGAAGCAGCAGUAUUGGCAUUCCCAUUGCCGUGCCUACACCUUCACCGCCAACCAUCGGACCAGCACACAUUUCUGUUCCUCCUCCUCCUGGAGCCCCGCCAGCACCACCACUGCCACCACCUCUCCCGAUGGGCAGUCUGAUAGCUGCUCCGGGUUCAGCUCCUGGUUCCCAGUAUGGCACAAUGACCAGGCAAAUCUCGCGACACAACUCUACCACUUCUUCAGCAUCUUCUGGUGGAUACAGACGGAAUCCUUCUGUGACUGCCCCAUUUUCUGCUCAACCUCAUGUUAAUGGCGGGCCUCUUUAUUCUCAAAAUUCAAUUUCUAUUGCUCCACCCCCUCCCCCUAUGCCUCAGUUGACUCCACAGAUACCUCUCACAGGCUUCGUGGCCAGGGUGCAGGAAAACAUUGCUGAUAGCCCGACUCCUCCCCCACCACCGCCUCCUGAUGAGAUGCCGAUGUUUGAUGACUCUCCUCCUCCUCCGCCUCCACCCCCCGUGGAUUAUGAGGAUGAGGAGGCUGCUGUUGUGCAGUACAGUGAUCCCUAUGCAGAUGGAGAUCCUGCUUGGGCACCUAAAAACUAUAUAGAGAAAGUUGUUGCUAUAUAUGACUAUACAAAGGACAAAGACGAUGAGCUGUCGUUUAUGGAGGGUGCAAUCAUUUAUGUGAUAAAGAAGAAUGAUGACGGCUGGUAUGAAGGAGUUUGCAAUCGAGUAACUGGCUUGUUUCCUGGGAAUUAUGUUGAAUCAAUCAUGCACUAUGCCGAUUAAAAUCCUUUGCUUUUCAAAGUUGGGUCUUGUAUUCAGUCAUACCAUGAUUGUUCACAAGGGGUAACUGAAAGCUAACAGAAAUGUCUUAAUAUACUUAAAAAAAAAUGCGCCCAUUUCUUCAGGCCAUACUGUUUUAAUGGUAUGAUUGAAUGUCCAUCUCUCUAAGUCUCUGGAGGCAGUAUGUCUCACCUGAUGGCAAUUUGUAAAACAAGCAACUGUCUAUAACUGGUUAUACUUAUUUACUUAUGCAUUGUUAAUUUUAUGACCAGCCUAAAUAUUCUGGGGAAGUAGGGUAUAAUAUUUAAUGAACCAUGAUCAGAUUGUGCCAUUACAUUUUUCAGUACAGCAUGGUAACUAACACUACGUUAGACUAACAUAUUAAAAUCUGGAUGAGAAGUUUAAUGUUAGUGCUGGUCAUAUUACUUUUUGUUUAGACUCUUUGCUCAUUCUUGAACUAUAUUUGUUUAAAGCAUGCAUACAAACUUAUGUAUUGAAAUAUACUUUUUUAAAAAUCCAAGAUGCUUCCAAUUGUUGUAAUCUUUACCUGGAGUAUUCUCACUAAAGUCUAUUACAAUGAGUUGUUUGGGUCUAAGGUGUCCAUGUGAAUCAAAAAAUGGGUGGUCUUAUGUAUGUGUAAUUUGUACCCAAGUUUUUUUAAUGAGUAAAUUUACAUUAUGACUUUUUCCAUUCAUAAAUAUAUAAGUGAACCAAA